CAUAAACCCUUUAGCUCUCCUUCCUCAGGAAAGCGUAUGGCUUCGGGAUCACAGCUCAGUUUUUAAGACGGACGCAAGCUGGACGACCUUCUGAUGGGCUUUAAACUUUGAAUUGGAUGUGGACAUUUUUCUCUCAGAUGACAGAAUCACCCCAACUUCCCCUUUGCAGUUGCUUCCUUUCCUUGAAGGUAGCUGUAUCUUGUUUUCUUUAAAAAUCUGUUCCUUCCAUAUUUGCCUGCCAUGCCAACGGUCAUCAGCCCAUCUGUGGCCCCGCAGACAGGGGCCGAGCCCAAGUCCCCAGGGCCAGUUCCCCACCCAGCCCAGGGCAAGACCACUGAGGCUGGGGGCGCCAACCCAAGUGGCAUCUACUCAGCCAUCAUCAGCCGCAAUUUUCCUAUUAUCGGAGUGAAAGAGAAGACAUUUGAGCAGCUUCACAAGAAAUGUCUAGAAAAGAAGGUUCUUUAUGUGGAUCCUGAGUUCCCACCGGAUGAGACCUCUCUCUUUUAUAGCCAGAAGUUCCCCAUCCAGUUCGUCUGGAAGAGACCUCCGGAAAUUUGCGAGAACCCUCGAUUUAUCAUUGGUGGAGCCAAUAGAACUGACAUCUGUCAAGGAGAAUUAGGGGACUGCUGGUUUCUCGCAGCCAUUGCUUGUCUGACCCUCCACGAGCACCUACUUUUCCGAGUCAUACCCCAUGAUCAGAGUUUCAUCGAAAACUAUGCGGGGAUCUUCCACUUCCAGUUCUGGCGCUAUGGAGACUGGGUGGACGUGGUUAUUGACGAUUGUCUGCCAACCUACAACAAUCAACUGGUUUUCACCAAAUCCAACCACCGCAAUGAGUUCUGGAGCGCUCUGCUGGAGAAGGCGUAUGCUAAGCUCCAUGGUUCCUAUGAAGCUCUGAAAGGCGGGAACACUACAGAGGCCAUGGAGGACUUCACAGGAGGGGUGACAGAGUUUUUUGAGAUCAAGGAUGCUCCCAGAGACAUGUACAAGAUCAUGAAGAAAGCCAUCGAGAGAGGCUCCCUCAUGGGCUGCUCCAUUGAUGAUGGCACAAACAUGACCUAUGGAACCUCUCCUUCUGGGCUGAAAAUGGGGGACUUGAUAGCACGGAUGGUGAGGAAUAUGGAUAACUCGCUGCUCAACACCACAGGCUCCGAUGACAGACCGACGCGGACAAUUGUCCCGGUUCAAUAUGAGACAAGAAUGGCCUGUGGGCUAGUCAAAGGACAUGCCUACUCCGUCACUGGGCUGGAGGAGACCCUGUUCAAAGAUGAGAAGGUGAAGUUGGUGCGGCUGCGGAACCCCUGGGGGCAGGUGGAGUGGACCGGCUCCUGGAGUGAUGGUUGGAAGGACUGGAGCUUUGUAGACAAAGAUGAGAAGGACCGUUUGCAGCACCAGGUCGCUGAGGAAGGAGAGUUCUGGAUGUCCUAUGACGAUUUCAUCUACCAUUUCACAAAGCUGGAGAUCUGCAACCUCACAGCCGAUGCCCUGGAGUCCGACAAGCUCCAGACCUGGACCGUGUCCGUGAACGAGGGCCGCUGGGUGAGGGGCUGCUCUGCUGGAGGCUGCCGCAACUUCCCAGACACUUUCUGGACCAACCCUCAGUACCGUCUGAAGCUCCUAGAGGAGGAUGAUGACCCCGAGGACUCACAGGUGAUCUGCAGCUUCCUGGUGGCCCUGAUGCAGAAGAACCGGCGGAAGGACCGGAAGCUGGGGGCCAACCUCUUCACCAUCGGCUUCGCCAUCUACGAGGUUCCCAAAGAGAUGCACGGGAACAAGGAGCACCUGCAGAAGGACUUCUUCCUGUACAACGCCUCCAAGGCCAGGAGCAAAACCUACAUCAACAUGCGGGAGGUGUCCGAGCGCUUCCGCCUGCCUCCCAGCGAGUAUGUCAUUGUGCCCUCCACCUACGAGCCCCACCAGGAGGGAGAGUUCAUCCUCCGCGUCUUCUCCGAAAAGAGGAACCUCUCUGAAGACGUUGAAAAUACAAUCUCCGUGGAUCGGCCAGUGAAAAAGAAAAAACCCAAGCCCAUCAUCUUCGUUUCGGACAGAGCGAACAGCAACAAGGAACUGAGCGUGGACCAGGAAGCAGAUGAGGGCAAAGACAAAACAAGCCCUGAUAAGAAAGAGAAAUCCCCGCAGCCACGGCCUGGCAACACCGACCAGGAAAGUGAAGAGCAGCAGCAGUUCCACAACAUUUUUAAGCAAAUAGCGGGUGAUGACAUGGAGAUCUGUGCAGAUGAGCUCAAGAAUAUCCUUAACAUGGUUGUAAACAAACAUAAGGAACUGAAGACACAGGGGUUCACGCUGGAGUCCUGCCGUAGCAUGAUUGCUCUCAUGGAUACAGAUGGCUCCGGGAGACUGAACCUGCAAGAGUUCCAUCACCUCUGGAAAAAGAUUAAAGCCUGGCAGAAAAUUUUCAAACACUACGACACAGACCAAUCUGGCACCAUCAACAGCUAUGAGAUGCGAAAUGCAGUCAACGAUGCAGGAUUCCACCUCAACAGCCAGCUCUACGACAUCAUUACCAUGCGGUACGCAGACAAAUUCAUGAACAUCGACUUCGACAGUUUCAUCUGCUGCUUCGUCAGGCUGGAGGGCAUGUUCAGAGCUUUUAAUGCAUUUGACAAGGACGGAGACGGUAUCAUCAAACUCAACGUUCUAGAGUGGCUGCAGCUCACCAUGUAUGCCUGAACCAAGCUGGCCUCAGCCAAGGCCAUGCAGGAUCAUUCAGGACUUCAAUUUCACCCAAUACAGC